GGCCGCGCUAGCCGGCGGCGCUCUGUGGGGCAAAGUCGUUUGGAACUUGGAAGUGGCAGCGCGACGAAGCACAACACACACGGCACUAAACGAUGGUCCUCGGCGAGGUGAACGGGAUGGCUGCCCCCGCGGCGGCGACGACGCCGACCAAGGCCACAAACGAUGCGGAAAAGGCGCCGCCGCGCCACAUGCCCUCGUGCGCGCCCACGACGAGCGAGGACGGCCUGCUCCAGUUCGGGCGCCCCGACGGCAAGGCGGGGGUGGAGGGGCAGUCGCUCCAGGACGCGUUCAAGCGCUUCCGCAAGGAGCGCCGGCGCACGAAGCAGCGCGUGCCCGCGGCCGUGCUGGCGCGACGGGCCGCGGCGCGCCGGGCAAAGGACCCGACCGCAGACAACGAGCGGCUCCGCCGGAAGUUCAUCGAGCGCGCGAAGCACUACAUCGGCACGCCCUACGCCGAGCGCUACCACAAGCCCGGUGAUCCGUUGUACGGCAAGCCCUUGUAUCUGGACUGCUGCAAUUUGAUCCGACGGUGCGUCCAGGACCUGCGGGCGGACUUCGGCUUCGACCUCGGGAACUGGAACCAGGCGUACCAGUUCUCGACGCUGCCCGACGCCGUCGCCUUCGGCGACCUCCGGCCGGGCGACCUCAUGUUCGUCGAGGCGACCUACCGGAGCGGACGGCACAAGCAGCAGCGCAUGAACAUCGUCCACGUCGAGAUCUUCCUCGGGGAGGAGUUCGGGACCGGGCCCGAGUCGACGCUCGGGUCGCGGAACCGCUGGGGCUGCGUCGAAGUCCACGACUCCUUCCGCUACACGUCGCAGUUCUACGACAUCACGAACGUCUUCUGGCGGUCGCUGGACCCGUGGUGCGCGGGCCGCUGCGACGCGGCGCUGCUGCGCGAGGUCUACGGGAAGCACGACCCCUACAGCGCCGCGGCGGCGGCGAACAAGAAGAAGUCGAUCUUCGCCGCCGACGAGGUCGACGCUGUUCCCGAGGAGGACGCGGCGUUCCUCUGCUGGGCCGAUCUGGACGAGCGCCGCGCGGCGCCGUCGACGCUUCCCGCACCAUCGGAGGCCAUGUCGCUGCUCGACGUCCUCCGCGACGCGGGCUCCGUCGCGUCGCUCGGGGCCUUCGUCGGGUUCCGGGACGUGGGCACGCUGCACGCGCUCUCCGCGACGACGCGCGCCGUCCUCGAGUCCGACGACGCGGCCCCGGCCGUCUGGCACGCGGCCUGCGCGGGCCUGGGAAGGGAACGAGGCCUCUUCGUGCCGGCCGAGCCCGCGCCCGCGCCCGGCGCGUCGACCGCCAACGCCUCCACGGCGGCGGCCAUGGCCUGGAAGCGCCUCUUCUUCAACCAGCUCUGGCCCGCGCGUUUCAAGUGGGACCACGACGCGGGUCGCACGAAGCGCGACUUCAAGAUCGAGGUCUGCGUCCGCUUCCGGCCCGAGGACGAGGGCGACGAGGUCGCCGUCGCAAAGUCCAACGACGUCGUGCUGCCGCUGCACCAGUACCUGAAGCUCCAGCGCGACCGGCGCAAGGACGCGACGGAGGACCAGGGGCCCUUGGUCGGCGCCGCGGCGGCGCCGCCGGAAUUAUUGGACGCCGUCACGGGGCGCGAGAUGACGUCGCCCGUGCGCCUGCCGUCGGGCGUCGUCGUCGACCGGGCCUGGGCGGAGGCGCACCUGCGGCGGCGGGGCACGGACCCCUACGACGGCGCGCGGCUGGACCCGUCCACGACGUUCGAACCGGCUCGCGACGUUCGCGAGCAGCUCAAGGCCUUUUCCAAGACGCGCGGGGCGCCGGCUGCCGUCGGGGUCGCGGGCUCGGAGGUCGUCCAGCGGCUGGCGGGGUCGAACACCCUGGACCCGACCGUGCUCGACGCGGUGUUGGAGGCCGAGCGGCUCGCGGCCUCGGCCGCGGCCGCCGAGGAGGCCGAGAAGCGUACGUCGCGGCGCGAGCUCCUCGCGGAGCAGGACGAAGAGGACGACGACGCCGCGAACGCGCGGGAUCGCGUGCCGGCGGAGGACACGCCGAAGGCCACGGCCGCGCAGCUCACCCAGGGCCUGGAGAAGGCCGAGGCGCAGGUAAAGGAGAUCGAGGCGGAGACGGAGACGGAAGCGGACGACGCGCCGCGGCGCGCGCCGUCGGGCGCCAAGGUCUUGGCCGUGCAGCCGACGCGCGUCGUCGUCCACGUCCCGGGCGCCGGCGUGCGGCCGUUCCCCUUCUCGCGCGUGUUCGAGGAGGAGGACCAGGCCCGGGUCCACGCGUCCGUCGGCGCGCCGGCCGUCGCCGCGGUCCUGAACGGCCUGAACGCCUGCGUGUUGUGCUACGGGCAGACGGGCAGCGGCAAGACGCACACGGCCUUCGGGCCUCCCGGUGCACUCGAGGCGAGCGACGACGCCACAGACGGACUCGUCAUCCGCACGCUCCGCGACCUCCUGCACGCCGACGUGAGCGUGGCGCUCCAGUAUGUGGAGAUCUACAACGAGCAGUGCGUCGAUCUUCUGACCGGGGAGGCUUGCGAUGUGCGGCGGGACAACGGCGAACUCAUCGGUUGCGUCGUGGGCAGUGUGGAAAUCAACCAACAUGAGUUGCACCUAAAUUUUGAUUUGCUCGCAGGUCGAGGCGAGCGUCGCGACGCCCGAUGAUGCGUUGCGAUUACUGCGCGCUGGUUCUGUACGGAAGCGCUUCGCCGUUACCCAGAUGAACGCGCGAUCGAGUAGGGCCCACUCCGUCGUUGUCGCACGCGUGCGCCAGUCGCGUGGCGACCGGAUCCUCGAGUCAACGCUCCAACUCGUCGAUCUCGCGGGGUCGGAGCGCAUCUACAAGUCGGGCGCGAUAAAGGACGCGACGCGGUGCGGCGAGGCCGUGGCCAUCAACGGGAGUUUGAUGGUGCUCGGCAAGGUCAUCGCGGCGCUCGUCGAGGGCCGGGGCCACAUCCCAUAUCUGGAAUCAAAACUCUCCUGCCUUCUCCGCGCGGCGCUGGGCGGCGCGUCGCGGACGACGGCCGUCGUCUGCUGCCGGCGGCGCCACGACCACGCCGACGAGACGCUCCAGGCGCUCCGCUUCGGCAAGCGCUGCGCGCUCGUCACGAACUUCGCCGAGCAGGUCGCGGCGUCGACGGCCGCGGACGCGCUCAAGACCAUCGACGCGACCAUCGCGCAGUGCGAGCAGUCCCUGGCCGGCCUGCGCGACCGCGGCUCCGGAAACCUCGCCACGGCCAAGACGCUCCAGGACCGCCUCGCGCAGAUGCGCACGCGCCGCCGCGCCAUCACCGACGUCGUCCGGCGCGAGGCGCGCGCUACCUAAACCCCUCCCCGGUACUAAGGCCCUUGUAUGCAAAC